UCUCCCGACCUACCAAAACCAUUUGCUAGUUUGUUUGUUUCGAGUACUCAUUUGUGACUCGAGAAUCACACAAUACCAUUCAUGUAUAGGGGGAGUUCCUCACGGACCUGGUUUUUCAGGUGUGUACCGAUAUAAGGUAGGUCAUGGGGUAAUAGAUCUGAAAUGUGUUACUGAGAUCAUAGCUAUCAUAGAGGGCUGACAAUUUGAUCGCUCACUAGUUGGAAAGCUGUUUCCGAAACAAAUUCUUUUCUGGUUCUUUUCUGGCUCUCUUUUGCGAAAAGUGUGUUCAGUAAUCGAUAUUCCGAGAAACAAAAACCUAAUUUUGUGUAGGUUGGAUUUUCUAUCGUCUAAGAGGAUUCCAAAUGUACACAAAUGUAAUAUAUAGGGGAAACCUAGGAUUAUCAGAGUCCCUGUGACAUGCGCCACACACACACACACACACACCCGAAAAAGUCAAUAUAACCCUAUGAGAAAUAUCAUGAUAUCACUUUCUUCAAGAAAUACCUUGUCGGUUAUCAUGAACAAGUUUCUUGCUUUACGAAACGCAAAGGAUUACAUAUUAAAUUAACAUUAAUGUACAAAAAAAUUGUUAAUUGUUUGUUUCUUUUGGCAAAGCUUCCAGGACACUGUCCUCUGUAAGCGACUAUAUUAAUAUAAGAAACAGAUAUGGGGAAACAGCCUUCCAUAUUGCGUGCAUGAGAGGAAAAGUGAAUGCAGCUGAACUUUUUCUACUUCACGGGGCAGACCCUGAUUCGCAUAGUUGGUCGGACAACACGUCACCACUUCAUUACGCAGCCAAAUACGGCUUUGUAGAGUUGGUGGAACUUCUCAUCUUGUACGGAGCAGCCGUUGACUCAAGGGAUAGCAAUUUAAGGACACCAUUGCACAGCGCUGCUACAUUUAAUCACGUACGAAUAGUCGACCUACUUGUGGAGAAUGGAGCAGAUCUAGAGGCCAAAGACCAGUUAUCGAUGACUCCUUUUCUGUUAGCUGUGAGCCAGGGAGCAUGCCACACCGUGAAAGCUUUAUUGGACCGCGGAGCAGACAUUAGUACUGUGGACUCUUCCUUGAAUAGCUGCCUUCAUUUGGCAGUAAUCUUCAAUAGGGCAGAAAUAGUGCAACAGUUAUUAAAAAGAGACGGAGACAAACUGAUAAAGUGUAAGGACAAGGACUUGAAGACGGUAUUUCAUUUGGCAGCUGUUCUGGAAGAUCCAAAGAUCCUGGAAAUUCUCGUUCAAGAGGCCCAGAAAAAGGAGGAAUAUUUUAGGCUACGGGAUGCAGAUGAACGAAUGCCUAUUCACAAUGCCGCUGCAAAUGGAUCCUUAAAUUGCUUGCGGGUUCUCGCCGUUUGGCCUUUUCUGGUAAAUGAGAGAGACAAUGGAGGAAGUUCGCCUCUUCAUUUAGCUGCCAGCAACAAGCAAACCGAGGCAUGUGAACUGUUAGUCCUAAAGGGAGCUGAAGUGACUUCCACUGAUACACACGGCCGUACGGCCCUUCAUUUGGCUGUCAAGGCUGGUUCUUUGAAAACAGUCAAAAUUGUACUUAAUUAGCUUUUGGUGAGCACCCUUGAGGCGAGAGAUGAAGAUGGCAACACUCCUCUUCACUUAGCCUGCAGAUAUAAUCGCCUUGAUAUUCUUAACUUCUUUUUGGACAAAGGAGCUGACGUCACAGCUUUAAAUAACAGAAAAAUGACUUGCCUUGAUACUGCUAUUGAGUGGGAAGCCAAAGAUGUUGCCAUGACACUCAUGAGACACGAAAGGUGGCAAGAGGUGCUUCAGUGCUCACCAGUUGUUAGUGUUCAUCCGAUGGGAAAACUAAUCGAAAAACUUCCAGAUGUGGCAGAAGUUAUUCUCGAUAAAUGCAUCACCUACAGUCCACACCCUCCGUCUCACGAAGACUUUUCUGUCACAUUUAACUUGGUUCACUUAGAUCCUGGGCCUGAUUGUCACAGUUACUUCGGGCCAGCUUACAUGGCAAAACAUCGACGAGAAAAAUUGCUCAAUCACAGUGUCACGCAAGCGUUGUUGAGAUGGAAGUGGCUAAUUUUGGGGAAGUUUGUCUCCUUGAUUAACGCUGUUGUAAUGGCCGCUUAUGUCAUCCUUCUCUCGUGUCUCUUUGUCAUAGAGAGGGACAAAAUCAAUUUUUUAGUCACUUCCUCCGAAAAAACAACUAGCGAAGGUGUCAAAAUCAAAUCGUCGUUUGAGAUGACAGUUCCUUAUGUUAUACUAGCAUUUUUGAUCGUGCAGCUCAUGAAGGAAGUUAUUCAAAUGAUUUGGCAGCGGAUCUCCUACUUCAGGGAUAUCACAAACUUGUCAGAGUUGGUAAUGUACAUAUUGGUGUGGAUUUUCAUACUUCCUCAAAUGACUGAGAGAAAUAUAUACAGCAGAGAGACUCAAUGGAUAUCUGGUAUACUUGGGCUUCUCCUGAGCUACAUCAAUUUUACAUUAUCUCUUCGUCGCUUUGGUGGACUUGGUUUGUAUGUCACGAUGUACGUGGAAGUUCUGCGCACAUUUCUGAGAGUGAUGUCCACUUUCAUGAUUGCCCUGACUGGAUUCACCUUGGUAUUUUAUGCCUUGUUAAAAGAACAGGGUAAUUUCUCAACUUUCUGGUACGCUUUUGCAAAGAUCCACGUCACAUUGGCUGGAGAAUUAGACUACUCAAAUAUGUUGGUUGACAACAUUGUGAACAACAACACAGUGCCUGGAACAAAUAUUCCAUAUGUUCCUCUGCCAAUAGUCACUACCUGCCUGUUCUUAGCAUUCGUAUUGUUGGGUAGUGUUGUGCUCGUCAACUUGCUGGUUGGUUUGGCGGUUGGAGAUAUCGAGUCUAUUCAGAGGACAGCAAGUUUACGAGCUUUGAUAGACCAAGUGUUAUUAGUUGACGACAUCAUGAAAUCCUAUCCAAGCUUCAUUCUUCGAAAACUUUACAGGAGCUCAUUGAAAAUAAAACCAAACGAAAAUAGUUUCAUGAAGUGGGUCACUCUAUCUGCUACUGAUAUAACAGGAAGUGAUUUUGUGGACAUGCUGCUAAACGGCGCAUCAGGUGGGAUCUCGAGUGAUAGUUGCCAACAGCUACGGUUGCGAGAGGAAAUGCAAGAAGAAAGGAUGCAAAGACUUCAGGCCACUGUGGAAGCACAAGGAAAACUUCUUAAAGCAAUGGCUGACAAGUUGAAAAUCACAGAUUAUGAAUAAAAGGCUAGUUGAUCACAGAAAAUUUAAAUAUGAUCAAAUGAAGUAAUCGCUCGGAUGAAGGAUCGACUCAACGUCAGUAAUUGAUUUUAAACGUAGGUAGUUUGUUCGACAAGUUUAUUUAGUUUCAAAGACGUUCAGACAAGCAAUUUCAACACAUUAUUGUCAUUUUAAAAGCAACCAUAUGACAAAAGAAAUUAGUCCCACACCAUCUUCUUUGGUAUUUUGAAUGUUCCAUUUUUAUUCUGCUAUCACUGUGCAUUUAUAGAGAGUGUAAAAAAGUAAAGAAUGCUGAAAUUGCUAAGGUUUCUUACUUAGUAAUCAGUGUUAUAUCGCUUUUAUUUCUCUUUGAAUGUUAUCAUAUCGAAAGUGUACUGUGAAAAUUCAGCGCGUAUUUGCUAUAUGACAUUACAUUUCAUAAAAUAUUUUGGCCACUAAUGAGAUAUAUAUUGUUCUUAAAAUGUCAACUGACAGAAAAUGCCUUGCCCAUAACUGGGAAAUUUCCGAACUAAUUUUCUCUCAAAAGCCUUAGAGCACUGCCAUGACCGUUUAGUCUUCGUCUCGUUCAAUUGAAGAUGUGAGAUCGUUUUACCGGCGUUGCAGAGCAAGAGGUCAACAAGCCAUAUCAGAAAACAUUGAAAAGCCAGUUGUAUUUUGAGUUCGGUAAGGUAUUCGCAAACCUUUUGCAAUAUGGAAUAUCGAGAGAUAGAUAAAUGAAUCAACUAAUGAUUAAAUGAGUGACUAAGUAGAAUAAACUAGUACACACCUGACACAUAAGCCUGUUUGGCGGGAUGAAGUGUUGUCCGUGGACGUAAUCUGUCACUCCGGAGCGCUUUCGCAAAGCUUUCUCUUCUCCAAAUAGAUGACGUCCGUGUAAAAAUUAUUUGAGCAUAUUUUCACGCACAGUAGAGGCUAAUUAGGAGGAAUACUUCAGAAUAAAGAGAAUAAAGG